AGGAUAAAAAUGGUUUCCCUUCAACUCGGUUUUUAGAUCAUCUUAGUGCAAUUAUGCUGCAAUAGAUAUGUGAAUGUGAACAAAUACAAGUACAUGAUAAUUAGGGGCAGGACUGAAAUCAGGUUAGGAAAAAUAAAAUGAGUGAAAAAAAGUAUAGGAGAACCUGAAAAAAUUAACGCAGCAAAACAGCGAAUGUGUCAGCAGGAAGUGUUAUUCAGCACAAACAACAAUAAAAACAGAAUUAAAUAAAAAUAGCACUUUGCUGAAAAGUAUUAUCUGAGAGAGCAGUAAAAGAAUUGCCCUCUGGUUGGUUGUUUGUUUGUUAUAUUCCACAAUUCUUUUCUCCCAUACUUUGUUUCACUCAUUUCCUUAAUUAAAAGUACAGGAGGGUUUCCUUAGUUAGAGCUAACUAACUGGUCACAGUAUUAUAUACUAUUAUACUAGUAUUCAUUUAUAAUACCACGAUUUAAACUAUAUUCUUUUCUUUUAUGGAUUGGACAAUAAAAAGGUAAUUGCGUCAGACCUGUGGCAUAGGAAGGGAGGUGCAGAGGGGGCAGUCUGCCCCAGGCAUAACAAUAACUAAAAUCACUUUCAAUUUUAAAGAUAUUCAAUAUUACUCCUUGCUAAAUAAUGUGCAUCCUAAAUAAAUUAACACUUCAUUUUACUUUUAGUUUUUUAUGACGAAAAAUGUUUUGAUCGCUGCAAGAGAAAAUAUUUUUUUCAGUGUUUUUCAACAAAUUUGUGUAACUUAUUUCUUUUAUGGCUGUAUAUCAUGAUGCCAUCUGUAGUUGCUACUUAAAUUAUAUUAAUGAAGUAACUAUCAACUCUUCAAAUUAUUUUUAAAAAAUUUUUUAAAUUAUUUUUGAGAUUGUUAUAGACUAGCUAACCAAAAUUGGCAGAUUUUGAAAUUAAAUUUCAUUCCCAACAUAUAACUUUUAUUUUAUUUUUUUUUUUUGGUCAAAGCGUCUUGUAAACAUUUACAAUUAAAAAUUAAAUUUUCAGAUUUUUCUUAUGCUCUAACUGCCAUCCAAGUGGUCCAAAAUGUUGCAAAGCUAAUGCAUCAUGUAAUAAAUUAUUUUAUUCCAGGUAGCAGAUACAAAGGGCAUUUCCCCAUGAAGUUAAUUUUGAAUUAUGGACUUUACAUUUGAUUUGAAUAAAUUUCUUAGAGAUGAAAUAACUCUGGUGGAUAGCACUCUUCAACCUUGCAGACAAAAUGGAGUUGACAGGUUGACCAUUGUUUUUUUUUUUACUGCUUUAUUUUAAAUUUGAGGAUGAUUUUAGAUGAGAAAUUUUUUUUUUAUUAUGGUUAUUCUCAUAUCUAAAAUAAUGAGAACUGUAAUUUUUAAAAAAACCUCAAUUGAAGUGUUAUUGAACAAUAACUUAUCCAAACCCUUGAUUUUUUUGUUAAAGAUAGAUUUAAGAAAUGAGAAUAUUGUUCACUAAAAAAUACUCUUUUGUUUCUUCUCAGACAUAACUUUAGGCAGCUCCAAACAAUGUUGUAUGAAGUUGUGGACAAAAUGGGAGCAGCAUCAGCACAGGUUCACACAAAAACACUUGCCAUGUAUAGAUUAUUUAUGAAGAGUUUAUGCGUAUAAAACAAACUAAAUAACUUUUUGUUUUAAAUAUCUACCACAAGCUUUAAUAACAGUUUUAAUAGCUGAGAGUUUUUUAAUUUCAUUGCUCUUAAAAUAAGGAGCGCUUUGUGAAGAAUAAUUAAUAAAUUUUAUUUUAAAUGGAUAUGUUUGUUUUUUGUUUUUUUCAAAACAACUUGUUUCUGUCAAGUUGAUUACUAUUUAUAUAAAAAAUUGUUUUUAAAUUCACCUUUUAAAAAUGAUAGAUACUAUUAAUUUCCUUCUUAGGCCCAAAAUCUUCAUGGUCCCAUCACAACUGGUAAGAAACUGGAAUUUGCUGGUCACAGACUAUACAUUAUGAAAGAUGAAGAAAGCAACAGGUCAAUACAUCUUUUUUUAAACAUUUCAUUUUAGCUUUGAGAGAAUUACAGACUUGAAAUAAAUUUUCAUUUUAAAAACAACACCGAAUUUUAGUGCUGUGUUAUUGGUGUCUUUUUUGGGGGGGGAGGAGGGGGGGCGUUAGAAUUUCCCAUAAAGAUUUAAAUUGAGCGCUGGCUGUUUUUAAAGCUGUCCAAACAAUGAUUGCACCAGAAAAUUGUCAAGUUAUAUAGAAAAAUUGAUUAAUGAAUGCAUUCUUAUCUAUUGGACAUCAAAAUAAGAUUUUCUAGCGCAAACAAGUAAUUUUCCAGGUGCAGAAAAUGUAACUACUUGAAUCAUUGUGACAGUUUAGUGGCCAUUGGUCUAUGGAAUCAACUUUGAUGAGUGUUGGUAUGUAAAUUAUUACUGACACUUUGUAUGUAUUAAAUGUUUUCAAUCUACAGAGGACAUGGCUCAACCGUCGGGAUACUAAAAGUCGGACAGAAAAAGUUGUUUGUCUAUGAUAACGGUAAAGCUCAACAUGAGCUGGAGCCACUUUGUGUUCUGGACUUUUAUGUUCAUGAAUCACGUCAGCGAAUGGGAUGUGGGAAAAAACUAUUUGAUUAUAUGUUACAGGUAGAUAAAGGUCUUUCAUUUACUCUCCUCAAAUGUGCUAAAUUUUGAGUAUCAUUGAACUUGUUGCAUUUUUUCACAGAAGAGUUUUAUUCCUAGUAUUCUAGUCAAAUAAUGUUGUUGUUUGUGUGUGUUGUGUGCAAAAUGUUAAAACUAUUUUUUUUUCCUUUUUGCAUGCAAAAUUAAAUAAAUCUGGUAACGUUCAUAAAAAACAUUCACCCUCUUUAUUUCGCUUUAUGCAAGCAUUGUUUCAUCUUCAUGCCAUCUUAACAAAUUUUUUCCUUAUCCUAAAAAUGUGAAAUUCUGCAAGAAUUUUAAUCUCAUCAAGUUAAUUUUCAUCUUCCAAAUUUGAACACAGGCCAGCCAUGUAGUACAAAUUGAAAUGUAAAAAUAUAUAUCAAGGUUUCUAUAGAAUAUAAUAAAAUAGUAUGCACUGCAUGUCAUAUCUCCUGAAAGAUGAUAACUGGGCAUAGUUUUUGAAAAUUUGAAGGUUCUAGAAAAAAGUGAUCAGUUUUUUUUUAAUUUUUCACUGUUAAAUAACUCUUCACAUAGCACUCUAUAAAUUUAAAAAAUAAUUAGAAAUAAAAUAAAAUUGUUCAGUUGUUUUGGAAGAAAAUAUCUAGAUUAAAUAGUUUUGAUUGAAUGGAGCUGACCAAUGUUGAUUGAGACUUCUAAAGCUACCUAAGCAAUGUGCAUUACUAACUACAAAUGUGAUCGACAUAAAUUGUGACAUCCUAGUAUCCCACUCCUUGUGGAUUUCAUUAUCUCAUGUUACAUGAAUGGACAUGAAAUCAUUUCCCCCAUCUAAUCCUCAGAGUGAGAGAAUCCCGGUAAGACAUUUGGCCAUUGACCGGCCAUCAGCCAAGUUUUUGUCAUUCUUAAAUAGACAUUAUGGCCUGGAUGUAGUUAUACCUCAAGUCAACAACUUUGUCAUAUUUGAGGGCUUUUUCAACAACAGAUCAGGUGACCUUUUCUUUCUAAUUUAAUUAAAUGUUGAUGGCCAUCAUUCAGACAUUGUGGGCAAUGUUACAAAUUGUCUUUGUAACACUCUGCUUGUUAUAAAGCUGUUCUAUUCAUCUAUGGUUCACUGUAAUACUCAGAUCAAGUUAGUCAUAACUUUAACAGUUUAUAUAAUUCAUUAAAUCUUGCAUCCACUAUUAAAAAAUAAGUUCAGGCCACAGCUAAUUUGGCAACAUUAUAAAAUGAAAAUUUUUUAAAAUAUAUUAUUUUAUCUUAGUUAAUGUGAUAAAAUUAAGUUAGUCCUUAAAAUGUAAUUUAACAGAAAUUAUAUAACAUUAGAAUUUGUAACAUUUCAAAAAAUAUUCCUAACAUGGCUCAUGAAUUUUUAUUUUAACAGACCUCAAAAAUAACAGACGUGCACAAGCAGACGUACAAGGCAGACCAUUCUCAGGUAGCUACAAUCAUGGAAUAAAUAAUUAAAAACUGAGGGGAUUUAUUAGAAAAGUUUAUAGUCUGGAAAUUUUCAAUGUAACGUAUGGCUUAAAAUGGAAAGGUACAGAAAAAGAUUUUUCAAAUGGGACUUUUUAAAAUUUUGUAUAUGCCUUUGAAUUUUAAAAUUUACUUUUGAACACAUUUAAUUCCAUAUUGCUUAAUAAAAGUAGUGAAUAGAAAGGUGGCAGAAAUUUUAGAGAGUAAUAAAAAAAAUAGAGAAUCAAUUUAGGGAUAAGACUUGAUGAUUUAAUCAUCCAUAUGAAUAUGAAAAAACAUAAAUUAAUAUUGCACGAAAUAUAAAUUCUUUAUUUUGUUUUGUUUCUUCUCAUAUCAAGAAUUUUUUGUUUAAUUUCAUAGUGAGUAACUACAAGGUAUACCGGUAACAUAAAUUUUAUACCACAAUUUAAAAGUUCAUAUAAUUUUUCUAAGACUUACUUUAUUGUAGUUUAUGUGAAUUAAAGUGUGAUAUUAUUUUCAGGUCCAAAUAGACUUCGUCAAGGAUCACCUUACAACUCCAAUGUUUCCCAAGCCUACAGGCAAAGCCCUCUGCUGGAGCAAAGGGUGAAGGUAUACAUUUAUUUUAGUUGAUAGCUUGCUUUAUUUCUAAUAUUAAAUAUAGUUGGGAAUAUGACAGUUAAAUAGAACAUGAAAUAUAUUUUGUAGCCAGGCGACAAAAUCUGACAUAAUGUAUUGUUCCAAAACUUUGAGGUAAGUCUUGCAUAUGAUUUAUCUAGAGAUUGUUUUAAUUAUUUUCUUUGAAACUAAAUAAUAUAAAUGCUUCCCUCACAUUUUUAUACGUUUUAUCUGAGUUAAAUUUAAAUUCUGAGAAACUUUAACUACAAAAUAUUUAAAUAAAUCUGAAGCUGGUAAAUUAAAUUCUCAAGUCUGUCAUAUUGCUUUUGUGGUUCACAUCACAUGAAACAAAGCUAGAACGGCUAAUUUUAUUAUAUUUUUUUUAUAAACUGUAUGAAGCCUGUGCUAGAAGUUUCUCUCUAAAAAUGUAGUCUCUUCUUUUCCUAAAUUUUAAAAAAUUGAUUUGUGGAAUAGCUUAAGUAUUUAGUAAACCCUAUAUUUAAGAACUACUCUAUUAGAAUUUGUCUUAGAAUUCGAUUUUUUAAGCAAAAUAAUUAUUUCAAUUUUGUGAUACAAUUUCAAUGCUUUAAAUUAUUUUACCCCUAGAACAAUGAUUACAAUUGGGUAGUACCAGGAAUUUCAUCCAAGUCACAAAGGUAAAAAUGUCAAAUAAAUUAACUUAAAAAUCUGGAAUAUAACAUCUUGAUUUUAUUUUGGUUCUGUAUUAAUUAUUCAAAAUAUUUAUUCUUAACUUUGAAAACAAAAGUAAAUUGAAUUGAUUUUGAGUAUUUGUGAUAAUUUUCAAAUGACAUUGAAAAAGUUUCUUUGUAAAUAUUAAAGCAAUAAAUUUUUUAAAUUUAAAUGUGACACUUUCAAAAUAUAUGAGCUUAAUUUUUUUAUUUUUUACCUACUUGAAAUAAAUAAAAUUGUAACUACCCAAGUUUUUGUUACAAUAAAGCUCGUUUUGUCCAUCUCUUCUUAUUAUCAAGAAGCAAGGAAUCUCCAGCAAUGGAGAAACAUAUGACAAACCUCCACUCAAUGUUCUUUAUUGUUUUUGAAUUAUGAAUAUUUUUACUAAUAUUUUUUAAAAACCCAAUCAUCCCAACAAAAACUGAAAGUCAACCAUAAUAUGAAGCCUCUGUAUAAAAAUAUUAAAAUAACUAUUUCUUGAAUAGCCGCAUGGGAGCGGGUCAAAUGAUGUACAGUCGUCAUGGUAUCCAGUCCAUGAGUAACCUGCGUGGCUACACUCCUUCCCCUUCCUUCCAUAAAGAAUCUCCAGCCAUCACCACUGGACCCAACUACCAACAGACGCAGUAUGAUCCAGCCUCUAAUGACCCACAAAGACCUGGUCAUUCAUUGCCCCCGCCUCAUCCAAAUCAAAGAGUGCAGAGAAGUAACCAAAGGUCACAAAGAAUAGAAACUCAGGAGGAAUAUCAAAAAUUGUCUAACAGUAGAGUAACAUCCCCCGCACCUGUAAUUGACCCUCGCUACCCACAGGAAGUGCUUUUGCAGUCUAUAGUCAACCAAAGAACUGAUGGCCGGCCACCUAGUGGAAAAUAUAGCAAAAUGAAUGGUAGGCCAAUUAUGUGUUUACUUCAGAUCAGCUGUAAUUAUCAAACAUGAAAUACAUGUAUCACAGGCCAACUACAUAUAUCACACACCAACUACACAUAUCACAUGCCAACUUCACAUAUCAUACACCAGCUCUAUGCGUCCAUCACCAAAUAAUUUUUCAACAAUAAUUUACACUGCAUUUUGAUGGCCAGAAAUCCACCAGACAAUGACGUAACAACAUAUAUCCUGUGACAAUAUCAUGCCAAAUACUUCAAUGUAUCCUGUGAUUCUCUGGAGAAUGAAUGCGAACCAAUUUAUGAAAUUCCAUAUUCUAAAUCAGUGGUUGUCAAAGUGGGUGGUACUGCCCCCUGGGGGAAUUUGAAGAGUCCAGGGGGACGCUCAAAGGCUUGGUAGAUUUUAGUGGGGCAUUAGGACUCCCUAAGGGGUCGCUGGGUAAUCAUAUCAGAAAUAUGUUUUAAUAAAAGUACAGAUUUAAAGACAGAUAAUGUACUGUUUUGAUUAUUCCCAUCAGAGAAGAAUCAAGUAUUUACAUAAUUAUACUGUUUCUUCCACACACAAAUAAGAGAGACAAGGCCAUUGAUAUAACUUUCGAAAACAUGUAACAUGGACUAUUAAUUAUCAGCCAUACAAUUAUACUUAGCGAGGCCUUAUUUUCAGACAACACUUAGCCUCAGUUCACGCGAUCAAAUUUCUUUCAAAUUUUCUUUCAUACAUUUGAUCCGAUUUUUGUAUGAAGCCUUAUCACAACUUUCAAAUUACUAUUUGAUCAAAUUCUUAUUUCUGUCCAAAAAAAUAAAUCACGUACAAAACAAUGCGUUCAUACAAAAAUUUGAAGCUAAUUUGAAAGGAAUUUGAUCAUGUGAACUGACGCUUAAUAAUAUUACAGGGACUUUACAAAUGAGCCGAAUAUUGUCAAAUAUGAUUUGAAAUGCUUCUCAUCAAAACACUGAUAACAUUGCAUUGUUGAUAGAUGAAUUAGGAAGUUCACAGAAAAUUAGUGAAGAACUCAUCUUAUCAGCUAUUUGUGAAGUCGAACACCAUAGACAGACUACUGAGGACAUGGAAUAUUAUAAGUUGUGAAGAAUAACUUAAGCCAACUGGGUUUAUCUUUGACUGUGGGAUGAGUUGAGUUAUUAUUAUUAUUACAGUGGUCUUUUAUAGCACGGUACCCCAGCCUAGGGCUUGGCUCAUCACAUUGCCCAUAAAAAUCUUAGAAAACAUUAUCAUGUCAUUAAAAAAAUUACAUAUAUUUCUUUAAUUAAAAAGCAGCUGUAUAAAAACAAAAAAUUAAAAAAUAUAUUCACCCCGCCCACCCCAGAACUAUUUACAUGUCAAGCCACGGAAGGCACCCAUCAGCAUCGUUUAUCAGGCGUAGGGGGGUGGGAAUCAGUUGGGAUAGUAGAGCUUGAAGAGAUGUGUUUUGAGUGCAGUUUUGAAGGUCUGGAUGGUUGGUAUAUUGCGGAUGUGUGGGAGAGAAUUGUUGUUUUGGGGCGCAGAAAGAGAAAGAUAUUUCCUGGUAUUUUGAAUGUGGAAUAAGUUGACAUGACUGUGGGAUGAGUUGACAUGACUGUGGAAUGAGUUGACAUGACUGUGGGAUGCGUUGACAUGACUGUGGAAUGAGUUGACAUGACUGUGGGAUAAGUUGACUUUUGUCAGAAAUAAAAUGUUGGAUAUGGAGGGAGGUAACAAUAUGUAGCUUAUUUUACAGCAUGUCUUCAAUGACAAGGCUCCACUUCAAAACAAACUAUUGCUAAAGAAGGAACACCAUCCCUGACAUGCCACAAGUGACUGGCCAUCACUGACUGGCCACAACUGACUGGCCAUCACUGACUGGCAAAAACUGACUGGCCAUCACUGACAGGCCACAACUGUUUGCUGUUGCUUAUUCCAGGGGGCAGACAGUGUGCAGUGUCUUAUUGCUCUUUGUACCAUUCAUCGCCAACAUUUGGUUAUGUAACAACUUCAGUGACCAUUACUUCAGUGACCAUUACUUCAGUGACCAUUAUUUCAGUGACCAUUACUUCAGUGACCAUUAUUUCAUUGACCAUUACUUCAGUGACCAUUACUUCAGUGGCCAUUACUUCAGUGAGUUGAAGUCGGGCGCACACUAACAAUGAUGGACUAUUUCCGAAGCUCUCUGUUGAGAACAAUGCAGAUUUUUCUGCUUUCACUAUGAUGUUCAUCAGAUUAUCUCAUGGUGGUGACUCAAACGUCAUCACACAGUAAAUUCCUUAUGUUUCCAAACCUUGCCAAAUUCAGGAAAAUUGAAAUUUUAAUGGGAAAUAGUUCAAACAUUUAAAAUCAGUUCUGCCUGCCUUAUUUAUUUAUAUUUUAAAAUAACAACUCCAUUCAAGUUAAAGAUGAUGUAGGGUACUCCUCACUCACACCAAUCUAAAAGAACUUCUUAUUUAAAUGAGAAAAGUUCAAUACCUUUUUGAUCUGCUGCAGGUGUAUCGGGAUCCUUUGGAUUCGCUACAUAAAACAUUCUGAAGGAUUUAAAGAUUUUCUUUUGAUUGAAAUCUCAGAUUGAAUGAUAAAUCCAUGUUCACAGCAUCCAUUUGACAAAGUUGGUCCGGAGCCAAAAGAGAUAUCGACUUGAAGAAAUGAUUGCCAAAAUGUUUGGUUGCCAUUUGAAUGUUUGAAUGUUGCUACCGUGUCCUGCACCUUGUUGUGUUGUAAUAACCUUCAUGUUUCAUUCUCAACACAGUCUUAGCUGCGGUUGUCCAGAUUGGCUAAGAGCAAAAAAAAUUGCACAGAAAUUUAAACUAAGUUCGUGCAAAAUUGUAUGCCAAAAAAAAAGGGGGGGGGGGCGGUCAGGGCGAGUUUAUGGCCCCGGGGGACUGCGGCCAAAAAAAAAAAAUUAUUAAUUGUAAAAUGUUUAUCUGGGACUUGACUUGAAAAAGGUUUACAUCAUCAACCAAUUUAUUCAGUGAAUCAAAGUUAGGAUUAAAAAUAACAAAUAACCAAAAAUUAUUUUACUUGCCAUUUUAUUUGCUGACACAUCCUCCAUUUUACUUGCUCUUAUUUAACAAUAGAAAUAAAGUCCAAACAAGUCACAAAACAAGGAAUGAGAUGUGUUGAAAGUUAAAAUGGUUUCGUCAACAAAUUACCUAUGCAGUGUCGAUCAUAGCCUCUAAAACUCUAAAUGAUGUUGAUUUCUAUUCCAGACCCCUCUGAAAAAAAAGACAGACCGCCAGCUAACAGUCAGAACAUGCUAAACAUGCAUCAAUCUUAUCAGGGCCGAAAUGGUCACCUCUCACUCCCGCCAGUAGGGUAAGUGGUAAUAAUUUAUGCUAAGCUUGACCUAUUUGUUCAAGUAAUUUUGAUUCUCUGCAAUUCCAUUGUCUUGACACAAACCAUUUUCAGUCAAAUCUUGUCCAAUGUCUCCAUAAAUGCCAGGCCAAAUAACAUUGGUAAAACCUAAACAACUCUUUAACUUUUUACAAUGGUUCAUUUACUGACCUUCUUUAAAAAAAAAUAAAGUUUAAAAUAAUGUUUUUAAAUCACAUAUCAUCUGAAAAUAAAACUGAUCUCCUUUUAUUAAGCUAUGGGAUUAAUUAAGACAGUCGGGGAACAGAGAAGUUAAAGAAGUCCCAGUGAUGUAGUUAUGAACAGAGGAGUUAAAGAAGUCCCAGUGAUGUAGUUAUGAACAGAGGUGUGUUAAAGAAGUCCCAGUGAUGUAGUUAUGAACAGGGGGUGUGUUAAAGAAGUGCCAUUGAUGCAGUUACCAACUGUCAAUGAUCACAUCUAAUACUUUAGUGAUCCAGCCUGUUGGCAACUUAAUUCGAAUAUUUUUCCUCAACCUAUUUUAAUAUUUCGAAAAUUAAUUUGGACUUACUUUUUUUACUAAUUUGAACUGCUCUUGACAAUGUAAAUCUCAACACUCAUUGUCCAAAUUUGGCCAUUGCAGAAUAAGUUUCAUAUCCAAGAUAUCCCACUGACGGUAAUAAUAUAUUUGUUUUUAGCAGCACAAGUAUACCUGGAACAGGGCCUACACCAUCUGUACCAGCUUACACCACUCCGAUUGUGUCCCCUUAUCCUAACCAACAGUCAAACAAUACCUCCUGGACAGUAUCUGGUGUUUUGAGAAACCAAAGAGUUACAGCCCCUGACAGAUAUUACAGUUACUCAAAUAGAUUGUGGUAAAAAAAACUGCUCUGAAAUAUCAUUUUAAAACGUCAGGACCAACUUCAUAUUAUUAUUUUUUUAAUGAGUUACAGCAAAGAGAAAUUCAAAUGUUGUGAAUAUACAUUGAUUAUAAGCAUUUAAGGCUUUCCAAUUGAAUUUUUAAAAAUUGGAAGGACUUUUGCAAAAUGUACUUUUAAUUUUAUGAUUGGUAUUGAUGCAUGAGGAGCUUUAUACAUUUACUGGAAGAAUAUAUUUAGUAAUCUGAACAAAUAUUUUAAAAAUUUAGGAUUUUCAGUGGCAGCAACAUCUCAAAAUUUAGCUGUCCCAAUUUCCAAUGUUCUUAGAACUUAGGCCUAAUAUCACCACACAUAAGAUAACUUCUUGUCAUUUUAUUUAGCUACCAGAUAAAAUAUUGUCCAUGGCAAAAAGAAAUUGCAAACAUUCUUUCAAGAAGAAGCACUGAAAGUUCUUUCAAGAAGUAGCACUUAAUGUUUUUUCAAGAUGUAGCACUUAAUGUUUUUUCAAGAAGUAGCACUUAGCGUACAUUUAUUAUGGAGAGCUUCUAUCUGUGCAAAUUUAUUGAGAGGCUAUGGGCUGAUCUUUAAAAAUGUUUGUUUCCUUUAAAAACAGAUUAUUUAAAUAGCUUCCUGGCCACAAAGAGGAAGUAAAUGAAAUUUAUGUUAAUGCAUUUUUUGCUAGUGAUGAAAUUUUGCAUAACUUUGUUACAAUAUAAACAGGUGAUUCAUAUUGGAGUAGAUGAUUUCAUUAUCCUCCUAAAUUGUUAUCCAAAUAGAAAGGCUUCAUUCGCAGUGUAGCUGAAUGCACAAUACCUCUGAAUACAAAAAUGUGAAAGCAUAAUACAUCUAAAUACACAAUACAUCUGAAUACAAAAAUACAUCUGAAUACACAAUACAUCUAAAUACACAAUACAUCUGAAUCCACAAUACAUCUGAAUUCAGAAUACAUCUGAAUGCACAAAUCUGAAUAAAUAAAUCUGAAAACACAAUACAUCUAAAUACACAAUACAUCUGAAUACACAAUACAUCUGAAUACACAAUAACUUACCUCUUUGAUAGAAUGGAGAUGCCUUGCAUUGUUUCACUGUGAUAUUUCUUGUUGUUGUUAAUUAAGUGUAAAUAUAACUAUAAUAUGAAUGAAAUGCUGCCUUGUGACAUAAACAAUGAAUUAUAUUUAAGGCCAUCACAACAAAUGGAAUAUUACUUUGAAAAAAUGUUCCUUCAUAAAAAAAAAAUCUUUUAAACUGUUCAUUGCAUACUUGAUCUGGUGCCUUUUCCGAUUUAAACUAAAAUCAAUUUAACAAUAAUCUGUUAUUAUUAUGUUGUUGUUUUUUAAUUCUUCCAUAAUUUUGGUUCCUCAUCCUCAUGUCCCUUAGUCCUUGGACCAUUGGGGCGCCACAGAUGACAUGUGAACCAUCCUCCUCCAUUCCUCUCUGUCUUCAGCACUAUGCACUGCAUCGCCCAGUGUUAGUCCUGUCAACUCUUUGAUGUUAUCCUCCCACCUUUUUCUUUGUCUUCCUCUUCUUCUCUCUCCUCUUGUGGUGCCCUGCAAUAUUUCUUUGGCAAGCCCUUAUUUUCUUGUUACUUGACCGUACCAUGGUAAUUUGCGUUUUUUCAGUCACCAGUAGGUCAUCGUAAUCCCCAAUUGCCUGACGCACCCUUUCUUUCACUGUAUCAUUGGAGAUAUGGUCCCUAUAGCAGAUGCCAAAAAUACUUCUGAAGCAUCUCAUCUCCAUCGCCUUUAUUUUCCUUUCAAGAUCAGCUGUUAAUGUCCAGGAUUCGCAGGCAUACAGGAAAAUGGAGAGGACUAAUGAGCGCAUCAGCCUGAUUUUGGUGCUGGGGGCUAUAGUUUCGUCAUUCCAUAUUUUCUUGAGCUUUUUUAGUGCUGCUGUAGUCUGCGCAAUCCUGGACAUGAGUUCAGGCUUGGAGCCUUCUUCUGAGACUAUUGCUCCUAGGUAUUUGAAGCGGUCGACAGUCUCUAAUCUUUCCUCCCCGACCCUAAUUUCAGUGGUUAUACCUGUGGCAUAUUUGUCAUCAGUUUUGUCUUUUCAGCACUGAUUAGCAUGCCGUAGGACGACGAGGUCUUAUCGAGACGCUUUACCUGGUUGGCUAGCUCUUCUUCGUUCCCAGCCAGCACGUCUAUGUCGUCCGCAAAGCGUAGGUUGGUGAUUGUUCUGCCACCAAUGCUGACUGUCCCUUCAUACGCUUCCAGAGCAUCUGACUGAAUACUCUCUAGGAAGAUGAUGAAUAGGGGGGGGGGAGCAGGCAGCCUUGUCGUACUACAAUCGUGGUCUUGAACCAUUCUCCGAUGUUGUUGUUGAGGAAGACUGCACUGGUGGCCUUAUCAUAGAGGUUGCAUAUCAUGCUGGUUAGGUUUGUGUUGAUGUUGUAGUGCCUCAUGCAUGGUGGCCCAUAAAGCAGCAUACCGAACCCUGUCAAAUGCUUUCUUGAAGUCAACAAAGACGUGGUAUAGAUUUUGUUGGUGUUGAGCAUAUUUCUAACAUAGUAUUCGGAGGUUUAGAAUCUGCUCAGUAGUGCCCCGUCCUUGUCUGAAGCCCGCCUGUUCUUCACCAAUGAUUCUGUUGGCAUAUGGUCUUAGUCGGUUCAAUAUGAUCUUCAGCAUGACCUUGCUUGGAUGGCUUAUUAGGCUAAUUGUGCGAUAGUUUUGGCAUAGCUGUAGGUUAUCUUUUUGGGGAGGGUGAUGAUGAGCGAUUGGGUCCAUGAUUUGGGCCAUUCCCCGUCUGCCAUAUUUUGUUACAAAUAUUGAAUAGGGCACUUAUCAUUGCUUCUCCUCCUUGUUUCACCAACUCGGCAGGGAUAUUAUCCACUCCUACGGCCUUUCCUGUUUGGAGUGCCUGGACUGCUGCUUCUACUUCUGCGCGGAGAAAAGGUUAGUUAUCAUUGGCUGUUGCUGGAGAGACAUAAAGGAUCUCUGGGUCUAUCUUUAUACUUUCAUUAUACAGUGCCUAACACUAUUCAGUCCAUCGUUUAAUGAUAUCAUUUUCCUCGGUUAAACAUUUACCAUUUUUAUCCUGUAUGGUAGUACUACGCCCUUGUUUUACAAGGGUUAGUUCUUUCACCAACUGGUAAGCUUUUUUGCUAUUGUUUUUCUUCAAGCAGUUUUCAAUGUCGUAGCAUUGCUCUUCAAUCCAGUUCUUCUUUGCCCUUCUCAUACCUUUUUUGAUGGCUUGAUUAUUGGUUCCUCAUCCUCAUGUCCCUUAGUCCUUGGACCGUUGGGACACUUUUGGUUCAGGCCACUAAAAACUCCGUACACUCCCGUGUUAAUAUCAAACAUUUUGUUUCAUUUAUCGCUGUACGGAAGCCACGUCAAAAUUUCAUAAAAUUAAAGAGCUUCAAUUUCUGUGUAGAGUUUUAUCAAGCAUUUAUUAUUUGUUAAACUCAAUUAAUGGUACUUACUCUAUGAGAAAAUAAUUCUUAGGAGAUGUGAUUAGUAGUAAAUAAAUAAGCAAGUUGGAAA